AUGGAGACCAAUCAACAAUCUUCGAUCUUUUAAUACAUUUUGAUUAUAUCAUUGUGCAUUGUUUUUUUGAUGUAUUUGAGAAGGAGAAUGUCAUCAACUGGUGAAUCAAUAUAAGUAUGGUUAUGAUUCGGCUACUUAAAGGAUAGAAUAUGGAGAAAAAUCGUGUUUGCUUAUUAGGAUAUGUUACACACUUUUGAUUAGGCUGAGAAAGAACUACUUAAGCAUACAUACCAUAACACAAUCUUUAAUAGCAAAGGUGUUAAUGUCUCAAAUGAUACACGCAAAGAAAGCAAGAAGAAAAGCUCCAAUGUAUAAUUCAAUUUGAACAAAAACGAAACUCUAUAUUAUUGA